CCCAAAUCCACACCCGAGGAUUUGCCUUGGACAGAGUGGGAGACCACCCAUCCACCCCACCCUACCCCCCAGACACGCGUGUAGCCCGGCUGAAGGCACGCCCCGGGCAGCUGCGGGAGCCCAGCCUCCCCGGAGAAGGAAGGAGGGGAUGCCGCUCUGAAGAUGAACCCCGAAGAUGGUCCCGCGGCUGGGCGGGGCUGAGCGGAGAACCGGGGGUCGCUGGCAGAUCGGGGACCUUGGAACUACGGCCGGUCCUUAGCCCGGGAGGCGAGCGGGGGCUGUGCGCUCAGGAUGUCUGGCUGGAACCGGGCUGUUCAAACUUCAGAAAACUCUGGAAUUGUGCCUUACACGAAUGCAUCAGAAUGUGAAGCCCGGAGAUGAGCAGUAGCUACUGCAACAACGUUUCAGUGAGCAUGAGUGUCAACGAGGUGUCCAGUUUCCCACUGACCCUGGAGCAGAAAACCGGAUUCGCCUUUGUGGGGAUCCUGUGCGUCUUUCUGGGACUUUUGAUCAUCCGGUGUUUCAAAAUCUUAUUGGACCCCUACAGCAGUAUGCCCUCGUCCACCUGGGAGGGGGAGGUGGAAGGACUGGAUAAAGGGACAUUUGAAUAUGCUCUUGCAUGAAACAGAAUCCCUCCAAGCGUGUCCUGCCUUAAUCCCGAUUUUUUUUCCCCCCCUGAAGCAGUGGAAUUCGAAACAGGAGGCCUUUUGUAAUUGACAACCAUGUUUGGAAGCUGUGGCAGCAGCCUUUUUGGGGGGGUUUAAAUAAAGCUUUGUGGCAGACUCUUACAUCA